GUAUCCCUACUCGUACUAUUUUAGAGUGACACACAUUCAAAAUGUCGACCAAAACAGAACCAGUGUGCCAAAUAUUCACAUUUCGGGACUGCAAAACAUCCCCCGACCCGAUUUAUGAGAUCCCUGCCCAGUGUUUACAUCCAUCCGGUCCGUUAGUGAUCGAUAACGGCUCCUUCCACACCCGGGCCGGCUGGGCGUGCAAAGGGGAUGAACUGGGCUCCCCAAGGCUGCUCUUCAGGUCCGUGGCUGCGAGGAGCCGAGGAGCCGCUCGGAGCGAAACCCAGAUCGGAAACGACAUCUCCAGCAUUGAACCGCGAUGGCUCCUCAAGAGCCAGUUCGAUAGGAACGUGGUGGUCAACUUCGUCCAGGAGCUGAUAUUCGAUCACAUAUUCACGCACAUGGGCAUCACCAUCAGAGGUAAUGUGGAGCAUCCCGUGGUGGACGAGGCUCCGUGCAACCCGCUGCAUUGUCGUCAGAUGAUGCCGAAGCUGCUGUUUGAGUGCUACCAGGUGCCCCACGUCUCCUACGGCGUGGACGCCCUGUACAGCUUCAACAGCAACAACGCUCAGCGGGGCCUGGAGGGUCCUCAGACCGGCAUCGUCCUUUCCUCCGGAUACCACUGCUCACACACUCCUGUGAUCAACGGAAGGCUGGACGCGGGGAACGCUCAGCGUGUGAACGUGGGCGGCAGCCAGGCGGCGUCGUACCUGCUGCGGCUGCUGCAGCUCAAGUACCCGGGUCACCUGGCGGCCGUGACGCUCAGUCGCAUGGAGGAGCUGCUGCACGAGCACAGCUACACGGCCGUGGACUACCACAAAGAGCUGGAGCGCUGGCGCAGCCCCGACUUCUACGAGCGCGAGGUCCACCGCAUGCAGCUGCCCUUCUCGGCCAAGGCGGCCCCCGGGGCCUGCGCCAGCGCCGAGGAGCGGCAGGCGCGCGCGCAGCAGCUGCGGCGGCUGCAGGAGAACAACGCGCGGCGCCGCGAGGAGAAGCUGCAGCACGACCAGGAGCGGCUGGACAAGCUGCUGGCCGUGCAGGAGCUGCUGGACGACGGCCUUCUGGAGUCGUUCCACAACCUGGUGGAGCUCAACAUGGACUCGGCGGAGGAGCUCCAGUCCUACGUCACCAAGCUGCAGCUGGCGGUGGAGCAGGGCCGGCUGCGGCUGCUGGGGGGCGACGGCGCCGAGGGGAGGGCCGAGGGGUCCGAGCUGGACCCGCAGAUGGAUGAGGGGGACGGCGUGGCCCUGAUGGACCCGGACCUCCCCCCGGACAACGCCCUGAUGGACAAGUCCGCCAGCGUUCAGCCCCAGUUCAACAUGGCCGAGUACCACCAGCUGUUUGUGGGGACGGAGCGCCUGCGCUGCCCGGAGAUCGUGUUCCAGCCCUCGCUGACGGGCGAGGACCAGAUGGGCGUCAUGGAGACCCUGCAGCACGUCCUGGCCAGGUACACUCCAUCGCAGCAGGAGGCGCUGGUGAGCAACGUGUUCCUGACCGGAGGGAACAUGCUGUACCCAGGCAUGAAGGAGAGAGUGGAGAGAGAGCUGCUGGCUAUGAGACCCUUCCAGUCCCACUACAAGGUGACCCUGGCCGCCCGGCCGGCGUUGGACGCCUGGUACGGGGCCCGGGACUGGGCCCUGGGGGGCCCGCCCAGCGGGGGGGGGGGGCCGGCGGAGGGCUGGGUCAGCAGGCGGGACUACGAGGAGAAGGGCGGCGACUACCUCAGCGAACACCGCGCCUCCAACGCCUUCGUCUCCAUGAGGAUGGCCAAGCCCGCCCCCUCCGUCCCCCGCCCCGCCGAACCCGCCGUCGCCACGGCGACCGGGGACACGCCCACGGCCGCUGCGGCGGUGGGCGUGGCGCCGGGAGGACCGGCCGUCCCCGCCGCCUCCGUUCCCGCCUCUGUGGAGGCGGAGGCUCAGAUGGUCACGUCCUAGGACGUCUAAAUAGAGCAGAUCUAUGAGAUGGACGUUUAAAUAGAGCAGAUCUAUGUGAUGGACGUUUAAAUAGAGCAGAUCUAUGAGAUGGACGUCUAAACAGAGCAGAUCUAUGAGAUGGACGUUUAAAUAGAGCAGAUCUAUGAGAUGGACGUUUAAAUAGAGCAGAUCUAUGAGAUGGACGUUUAAAUAGAGCAGAUCUAUGUGAUGGACGUUUAAAUAGAGCAGAUCUAUGAGAUGGACGUUUAAAUAGAGCAGAUCUAUGAGAUGGACGUUUAAAUAGAGCAGGUCUAUGUGAUGGACGUCUAAAUAGAGCAGGUCUAUGAGAUGGACGUUUAAAUAGAGCAGGUCUAUGAGAUGGACGUCUAAAUAGAGCAGAUCUAUGUGAUGGUUGGGACUUCAUAGGACGUUUAAAUAGCUGACGCCAUUCAUAUUGAAUUGGUUCUUAAUAUGUACAUUGAUAUUUUUGUUGGUGUGUUUUAUACUUCUUUUUUAAUUUGACGGUUCUGAAGCUGGGCGGCUUCACCUCAUUCCAAGUCCAGACUCAAGUCACUCCCUGAGUCUCCUUGCUCGGGCUCUGAGCUAUGUUCUUAGUGUGUGGUCUGGUCACAUUGGAGGCCCGAUAUCUCAGUAAUGAAAGAGGCUGUAAGAAUAUGGUGUUUAACACAUCUUCAGUUGUAGGACAGUAGCAAUAGGUUUUGUAGUCAAGGUUCGGCAGUGAUCGAUUGAAUAUAUAUAUAUAUAUCUUUAUUUUUUUUCAAAAAGUCAACGAUAAAAAUAAAUAUACAAAUAAACA